AUGUCGAUGUGGACUGAGCUCGGCGAUGUGGCGACGGUGGCACAGCUUGUCGGCGCAGACGUCGUCGGGCUCAUCUCAAGGAUCACGCAGGCUGCGGAGACGGCGCGGCAGAACAGGAGGGAGUGCCGGCAGCUCGCGCGAAGCCCACGAGCUCCAUAUGAAAUCCAUGACUUGACGUUUGCAGAAAUCGUCGCUGCCACCGAUUAUUUCUCCCCUCACACGGAGCUCGAGUCCGGCCACUCUGUGACGAUGUACAGGGGAAUGCUUCACGAUGGGCGACAAGUGGCCGUCAAGCGCAUCAUGGACCGGCAGUCAAGCUUGUUACAGGAGAACUUGUGCACGGAGCUGGACAUCCUACCACGGCUCCAACACAAACACAUCGUCCGCCUCCUCGGAUCAUGCAUGACUGCAAGCAAGGACAAGCAACAGAAAAGAAGGCGUCUGCUAUCCUGGUGGAGAAAGGAGACGAAAGAGCCGGAGUGGCUGACCGUCUACGAGUACAUGGAGAACAGCACGCUCUUCCACCACCUACACCACCUACACCCUGAUGAGGGCUCCUCCGAGCUGUCACCCGUGACGGUGUCCUGGAAGACGCGCAUCGAUGUGCUCCUCGGCGUGUCGCGCGCCAUCGAGCACAUGCACUGCCAUGCCAACCCGCCGAUCAUCCACAAGGACAUCAAGUCGCAAAACAUCCUCUUCGACGCCAACUGGGUACCGCAUGUGUCGGGCUUUGGCUUGUCCUUGGUCUGUGACAAGGCGAUGAGUGAGGAGUUCGGGAUGAGAAGCGCCAUUACUGGCACAUGGGGGUACAUCGACCCAGAGUACUUGGCCACUGGUCACGUGAAGCCGGCGAGCGACGUGUAUGCGCUGGGCAUCAUGAUGCUCGAGGUUCUGACAGGUAAAAAGGUGACUGUGGUGGACGACCAGGGGGAUAAUCUACAUUUGACAGAGUUCGCAGUCCCCAUCAUUGAGGCCGGCAAUAUUAAGGGGUUGUUGGACACUCGACCCGUGCCGGAGCCAACGCACGGGCAGCUCCGGGCGCUGGAGAACGUGGCCCAGACUGCACGAUGUUGCGUGAAGGAGAAUGGGAUGGACCGGCCGGCCAUAUCGGACAUCGUGGCCAACCUCCAGACGACGCUCCAAUUGUACCGCGGGGAGGAGCCAAGCUCGGUUCACGAGCCACCAGAACAUGCCAGCAGCAGCCUACAGUGGGCAGUCUUCCCGUCCCAGCCGGAGCCGUGUUCGGAGAUCACGUUGGCGGAGGAUCCUCCAGCCGGUAGCGGCGACGAGAAAUGCAAGUCUGAUCCGGGCGGCAGCUGCUCCGACUCUAUCGACGGCACGCAACACCAUAAGAUUACUAACUCUAUCCAGUCUCUAUGUAGUCCACACCCUCUGUUCCCAAAUAUAAGUCUUUUAGAUAUUCCACUAUAUAGAUCCUUUUAA